UCACUUUACUCAGUUACCUUAUGCUCACCAAAAAUCUCCCAUUUCACAGUAUUUACACAGGUUUUUAAUUUAUACAGUAGUAUUUUACAUAGCACAUCGUUUUCUUCCGAGAUUUAUUUUCCGUUUUGUGGUGAGUCCGUCUUAGACAGGUUUUACUAUGUUUAUUAUAAUAAAUUCUGAUGAGUUGGUAAAAAUAAAAUAUGUUAAAAUUUUUUCAAGUCUAUUUAUAUUUCUACGGCUUUAUACCAAACUAAACAAAAUAAUUAUUUAUAAGAGAUAAAAAUCUUUAUAAAAAUAUCGAUGUUCGAAAUGCUUAUUCAGAUUGUAGACAGAGGAAAUUUAGAACAGUUCUCUGCAAUUAUAUCAUACAUUAUCAUGGACUUAAAACUAUUAUUCAUAUUUCUCUUUUUUAUGGGAACUGUCUUUGCAAGUAAGUUAUAUAUUUCAUAUAAAUUGUAAUCUAUUUGACUUCUUAGUUCUCAGUUUAAAAAGUAAUUAUUUUAUACCUUAACAUUUAAAUAUAUUUUCUUAUAGAUGAUCCACAUUCUCAAGAAAACACUAAAUGCAGUAAAAAAUGCAAAAAUACUGCUAAGAAAUUUCGCUAUAAAGAACAAACAACGUAUGUCUACGACUUUGAAAGCACAAAUUUCUUUAGAGCCACUAGAUUUCGUUUAAAACCAUUUGCAAUUAAAGCCAAAGUUGAAAUAAGUAACUUAGGAAACUGCGACAUGGCUUUGGAGAUAAAAAAUGCCACAUUACACAUUUCUGGAGAAAAAGAAAGCAAAAUAACAGAGUUGAUGCAGUUUCCUCUGUUGUUUUCGUUUGAAGAUGGUAAAAUUGCAGAAAUUUGUCCGUGGCCAGAUGAUGAUAAAACUAUUAAUAUUAAACGAGCUAUAUUGUCUGCUUUUCAGAAUACUAUGAGCAGUUUUGAUAUGGAUUAUGAACAUAAAAAUGAAAGUGAUAUAGUUGGAAGGUGUAGUACUGUCUUCGGUGUAAUAGAAAGAUCAAAUAGAACAGUAAUAGUUAAAAAAGCUAAGGAUUUCUUUGAAUGUGAGUCCGGACGUACUGGCAAUACAGCACUGAUAACCGCCCUUCUUUUAAAAUCAAAAGGGUUACCCGUAAUAGACGACCUGUUUUUCAACUGUGAACAGAUUAUUGAAGAAGGUAUUGUCACAAACGUUUCAUGCAUCGAAUACAGUACAUUUAAGCUUUCCGAAAAUACACGUAUUGAUACAAAGACUUAUAAAACGAAAGCAGAAGUUAAACUCAUUCUAAAAUCUGUUGGAAGAUUAACGUCAUUUACACCUUAUGAAAUCGUCGAAAGAGAUGAUCUAUUUUAUUCUAACCAACCAGAAAUGUUCUCUAAUUUUGAUUUUGAAAAAGCAUUAAGGAUUUUACGAAAUAUUUGUUCCGAAAUUCAUCAUAAAAAAACAAUUAAUCCAGAAACACCAAAACUCUUCUCACGUUUAGUGCAGACUCUUCGUAAAGUACAACCUGGAGAACUACAAGAUAUUUAUGACAAAAUAGACAGAGAAGAAAAAUGCCAAUCAUUGUGGCUGAAAAGUUUACUCAAUGAUGCAUUACCUCAUAUUGGUCACGAAGGCUCUAUCAAAGUAAUCGCGAAGAAGAUUCAAAAUGGCACUGCUAGUAAAAUUCAAACAACAUUUUGGGUUACUAGUUUGGCUUUCAUUCAAUAUCCCACCGAAGAUGCUAUUUUAUCUGUAGUGCCAUUGCUGGAUUACGAAAAAGCUGGAAAACAAGCACUUCUAGCGAUUACUGCAAUGUCUCAUAAUUAUUGCAUGAAAAAUACAAACUGUGAACAAUCAGAAGCUAUUCAGCAAGUAAUAACAUCUUUAAAAAGAUACUUGAAUUAUAGAUGCAAUGUUUAUCAACCAGCAGAAAUAAAACAGGUAAUCGCAGCUUUGAAAAGUUUUGGAAAUUUAGGAAGAGUUGGAGGAGCUAGCAGACAAAUCUUAGAAUGUGCCAAAGAACCAUCCAAUGAAAUUACCAUUCGAUUAGCAGCAAUAGAAGCAUUCCGACGAACACCAUGCAAAGAAGAGGUUAAACAACAGUUAUUAAACAUUUUCUCACAUCGUGAUGAACAUGUUGAAGUGCGUAUUACUGCUUAUCUAGGAGCAAUGAAAUGUGCAGACAGAGAAGUUGUGAGAAGGAUUAAACAAAUUUAUGACUCAGAAAGGCUCAAUCAAAUAAAAGCAUUCGUUUAUUCUCAUAUGACAAAUCUUCAAGAAAGCUCUUCGUCUAAAAAAGAAGAUAUUAGAAGAAUUGUAUUAGAUUUCCAAUUCCAGCCUCAGCAACUCGAUAUUAGAAAAUAUUCUCAAAACAUCGAAUGGUCAGUUUAUCAAAAUAUGAAUCUAAAUGGAGAAUUUGAAUCAAACAUAAUUUAUUCACUGGAUUCGUUCAUACCACGAUCGUUCAUGACAAAUUUGACUUCAGUUUUUUACGGAAAUAAUAUCGAAAUUGGAGGAAGAUUAGAAGGUCUUGAUUAUUGGAUGGAAAGUUUGUUUUCACCGCUAAGAGAUUAUGGUCAUAUGUCUUUUAGUGAAUUCACCCAUUAUAUGUUUGAUAUGAAAGAAUCUAUCCCUUCUGAUGCUCGUGGUUCAUUUUAUUUCAAACAUCAAGGCAGUGAACUUCUGUGGCUCAUAAUUGAUGAAAAAACAGACUUCGGCUUGGGAAAAACUGUAGAUUACAUGAAUAUUCUAUCAGAGCUUGCAAAACAUCAAAAAGUUGAUAAGGUUCUUGGUCUUUAUUUGGAUACGUCUAUAAUUUAUCCAAGUAUUUCUGGUUGUGCAUUUGUUUUUGAUAUUGACGGAUCAGUAAUAUUAGGAUUAAAGGGAGAAGGAAAGAUAGACGUCAGAAAAGCGUCCUUGUCACCAAGUGAUGUGGACAUUGAAGGAAAAUUACGUGUUAGUGUUGCUAGUGAAAUGAAUAUGAUUAUAAGUUACGUAUCACUCUCAAGAUCGCCAAGUAUAAAAUGCGUUAUCAAAUCUCACGCAGAUGUUGGACUUAAGGGAAAAUUUUCAAUUAAAGAUGGACGAUUAUUUAAUUUAUAUGUUGAUCUACCAAACGAAAAAUCGGAUAUUUUAUCAAUGAAUGUUGACAUUAUGCAAGUUGAUGCAUAUGACCACGAAACUUCAAUCCAACCUUCAAGAAAUUUCAAUCGUUGCUUAAAACUAUUUAGAAAAAUAUUAGGUUAUGAUAUCUGUACUCAGAUAAUCCUUCCGAAACAUAUAUUAUCAUCCCAAGCUCCUUACAUUCAAUUUAAUGGAUCUUUCGCAACGACACUAUCUCUUUUGAAACAAGAUCAUGGCAUGCAUGGUGUCCUAUUAAAUAUCGAAUUGCCUGAUCGCAAUAGCUUCAACACAAAGAAAUUUAAGAUUGAAUUCGAUAUGCAGGGUUCUUCAACUAAUAAGAAACAUUCUCUAGAGAUUGUCAAUGUCUAUCCAUCCAAACCACAUAAUCAAUCGUGGAAUAUUCAAAUAGAUAUGCAAACACCUUAUAAAGAAGCCGAAGCAAAAGUGACGUUAGCUAAUGUUCUGGUUUCGAAACUGUUCCAAGUGGAUUUGGUCCUUGAUCGAAAACAUCGUUGGGCUUUAUUUGCCGAUUUUGAAACUGAUUACAUCAAAGGAAAUAUAAUUAAGUACAACACAAAGAUAGAGUUUCUUUAUCCAAACAGACAACCAGUAUCACUAUCGGGCUCAAUUUUACAUAGGAAAGAAAAGAAGAACGUAUUUGCAAUUGAGCUUCACUCUAGAGAUCAUUCCAGUCAACAUGUUCGAGUAAUAGGUACAAUUAUUAAAGAAGGGAAUAUUACGUUUAUUAAGCAGUCAACAUGGAAAUUGAGUAUAGAUUUGAAUGUGAAGUUUCCAUUUUUUGAAUCUCAAUUUUCGGGGAUAGCACUUAAAAGCGGGAAAAUAUUAUCCGAUAUAUCAAUACAUUAUCAAAAAACAGGAUAUCGACGACAAACUUUUAAACUAAACUACAUAUUUCAAAAUCUAAGUACUCAAUAUUUCACCAAAACUGUAACCUCAGCCGAAAUUUAUUCUUCUCAAAUACCAAAAUAUAAUGUUCAAUUGGACUGGGACUUCCAAUAUAAACCGAAAGAACAUCUAGAAAACGAGUUAAUAAUUAAAGAUAGUUCAAAUUCACGAAGAAUUCUUAACCUCCUUCAAAUCAGUAAAGUUGAGAGGAACAAUGAUCAAAAUUUCCUAUCAGAAAAUUAUUUAUCAAUUAAUGCUCCAGAACACAAACUUGAUUAUGAAAUUAAAUUUUCUGUAAAUCAUGAUAGAAAACAGUUAAACACUACAGUUAAUGCUGAAAUGACACAGUAUAAACACGCCUAUAUUAAAUCCAAUUUAAAAUGUUAUUUAGUUAAAGAAAACCCGUUGACCAUGAUAUUCGAUUUUAUCUUUCAAUAUCCUGGUAGAACCAUAAAAUAUUUUGAGGAAGUAACUGAAAUAUCACCUCAAAGUUUUCAUGGAAUAUCAAAUCUUCAAUGGGCGAAAGAUGAAGGAUAUAUUUUCGAAUAUGUGUAUAUAGUAAAAAAUCAUGCAAAUAGCUUUCACCACGAGUUUAGUUCUGUUUUAUCUGCAUCUUGGUUACAAUAUCCAAUGGAACUCAACGGUUUGUUUAAAAUGAAUGAAAAUUCCAUUGAUAUCAAAGGCAUUGCAGCUUACAGAGGAAAAUCUCCUUACAAAAUACGUAUUGAAAUCACUCCAAGAAAUUCCAGUAAACUGAGUUUAGAUUUACAUUACGAAAAGAACAAUGUACAAUUUGACAAUGGUGAUGCAAACAAAAUAUUAAAAUUCGAUAUACGUAAACCAGAAACUGGCCAUCGAAUUUAGCCUAAAGGCCAGGCUAAUACAAAUAUUAAAUAUUUUGAAUCAUAUAUGCCAAUAAUUACGAAAUUACAAAUCCCCUCUCACCAUGUUUUAAUUAAGGAUAAAGAUAUGUUUUAAACAUCAAAAAUCACUUAAAGAAUUUCAAUUUAUAUGCUGUUACUAUUGCAGUAUUUAAUUCUGCCAAAAUGUCUUUACUACUCCAUUGAUUGUUUUACUUUUUUUUAAUAUCGCUUUUUAAUUGUAACUGAGAAAAGAAGUUGAAAUUUUCUCAACAAUUCGAAAUGCAUAUGUAUUAUGCUGAAUAAACUAGUUGCAGAGGAUAUGGUAGUCAGCAUUCACUUGAUACUGGAUAUUUGAAAUUUAUUGAAAAAUUUUCAAGAAAUUUCCAAUUAAAAGAAAACCAAUUAUCUUUUCACAAUAUUAAAAAGUUAAUAAAGUAGAAUUUUCAGUAUUACAUUUACU